AUGAACGACGACAUAAUUAAAACGCUUCAAUUCCAAAUUACUCUUCUCGAACAAAAAAUUACAUUCCACGAGACGAUAAUUGAUUUACAAAAAACAACCAUCACAUCAUUACAAAAAGUCGUAGAACAAUCAUCCGUUCAAUCAAAACAACAACCUUUUCUUCAAAAUGUUCUUGAAAAUCUUUCCUCAACUAUCACUCUACUUAAUAAUAAAUUUGAACAAUCUUCAUCUCAAUCUACCUCUACGAAUAUUCUAUCAUCUCAAAAUUCUGUUAAUAUUUUACCUGCUCAACCUUCUGCUAAUAUUCUCCCAUCACUAAACUCUGUUAAUCAACCUUUAUCAUCACAAUCGACUACUACUCAGUUGAAAUCUCAAAACAAAAAGCAGAAACAUUGUAUAAUCGGUGACAGUUUAACUUCCCACAUCGACAAACGAAAAUUGCAGACAAAUUCGAUUGAAGUAGAAAUUCGAUCAUUUCCACGAAAUGGAACAAUUGAAAACAUUUCUCGAAUGAUCUACGAAGGACGUCUAGACAAUGUAUUAUCUUCUUCAAAAUCUUCUACUUUUGUUAUCGGUACAAAUAAUUUCACAGUUGAAUCGCCCAAUUCUGCCAUUGACAAAACAAAAAAUUUAGUGCACAUCAUGAAGAAAUAUUAUCCAAAAUGUGAAAUUAUUUUAACGAAAGUUCCUCCACGUUUAACUGAAUCUAUUGAUGAAAAUCUAAAUAUACAAGAAUCAAUACAAUCAUUUAAUACUCAAUUAGAAGAUCUAUCAUCUGAAUUAAAAUUUAGAUCUAUCGACUCAACGUUGACAUUGAAUGAUAUU